CUAGGCCGCGCCGACGCCGAACCGCAGCAGACACGCGCGCGGACAGCGUACGAGGGAGCGAAGCUGCCUGAGGUAGAGGAGGAGGAGAACAUGCAGGGCGGCGGCGGCGUGGACCAGCCGCCGAUGCAGAUGGUGCUGCGGGUGAGGCACCCGUCGUCGCUGGGCGGCAGCGGGGCGGACGAGGACGACGGCGAGGGGUCCUCUAGGUCGGCGCUCUCGGUGUUCAAGGCCAAGGAGGAGCAGAUCGAGCGGCGCAAGAUGGAGGUCCGGGAGAAGGUGUUCGCCCACCUCGGACGCGUCGAGGAGGAGUCCAAGCGACUCGCCUUCAUCAGGCAGGAGCUUGAAGGGAUGGCCGACCCUACAAGGAAGGAGGUGGAGUCGAUAAGGAAGCGGAUCGACACGGUGAACCGUCAGCUCAAGCCUCUCAGCAAGAGCUGCGUCAAGAAGGAGAAGGAGUACAAGGAGGUCCUGGAGGCGUACAACGAGAAGAGCAAAGAGAAGGCUCUGCUAGUGAACAGGCUAAUCGAGCUUGUGAGCGAAAGCGAGAGGAUGCGGAUGAAGAAGCUCGAGGAGCUCAACAAGACGGUCGACUCGCUCUACUAGACGCCAGUCGGUGCUCCGUGCUCUGCUCACCCACCUCUCCAUCCACUCAUCCAUCCAGAGCUUGCACGCUCGCCCUCUGUAAUCUGAUCCCCGUGUGCCGUGGAUUCGUGACCUGUUCAAGGUGGUGCUUGUAGUAACUGAUGUUUUUCGUUGGGUGAUCCUUUUCUCUUCUUUUUUUCUUCUUCUCUCUUUGGUCUCUUUUAUUUCACCAGUUCGUACGAGUCUCGUUGCACUGUCAUUGUCGAGUAAAACUGACGUACUGUAUUUAUAAGCAACAAACAGGUACCAGCUGCUGUCUAACCACGUUUUGAUGGUUCAUUCA